AUGACCAAGUGGUGGUUUGUGGCCGUGCUGACGGCGCUGCUGGCCACGCCCAGCCUCGUGCUGGGUGCCUGCCCCAACAAGUGCUCCGGCCACGGCAAGUGCGACCUCAACGACGUCUGCGACUGCAUGCAGAACUGGAUCGGCGGCGACUGCUCUGGCCGCCAGUGCCCGUUCACUCGCGCGUGGCACGACACGGCCCAGCGGGAUGACGACGCGCACUACUACGCCGAGUGUGCCAACCGUGGUUCGUGUGACCGCUCGACGGGGGAGUGCGCGUGUGACGCCGGGUUUGUCGGCAGCGGGUGCCGCCGGAUGCAAUGCCCCAACGACUGCAGCGGCCACGGAACGUGCGAGUUCAUCGAGGAGCUGGCCGGAGAUAAUUUCCACAAGCGCAUUCAAGGCGUGAGCGGCCGGAAGUAUUCGCUGUGGGAUCAGGAGAAGAUCAUGGGCUGCGUGUGCGACGCCAACUACGAAGGCCACGAUUGCUCGCUCCGCACGUGUCCAAAGGGUGACGAUCCGCUGACGCCCAACCAAAAAGACAUGGUGCAAGCCAUCAAAAUCAAGCAGUCCGGUGGUUCUGGAUACCUCACGUACCACGACCCGUACGGCAACGCCUACACAACUGAGAAGAUCACCUUUGGCGCCGCAGCAGGGACCAAUGAUGACACGACGUGUGCCAACAUCCAGCAGGCCCUACGACGUUUGCCCAACAAUGUACUGAACGGCGUCACUGUGUCGGCCGCGGCAUCAUUUUACUCGUUCCUUCGCACUGACCCGACCGACCCAAAAGGCUAUGGCACCGUCCUGCCAAUCUACUAUAGCGUUGCUAACACUGCCGCUGCAACUCAAGAUAGCGUGAUCUGCGAGGUAGUUUUCAAUUCCGAGCCGGGAGGUACAGGUUACCAGAACAUGCUUGAGUGCAAUGUCGCCCUACACACUGCAGUUGGUCAGCAUCCAGUGAGCGGGGUUGGAACCGGUAGCUGUGAGGUAUUCGAAGUCUACGCGGAUGCGGACGUUGUGGCGGGCAGUAUCAUUUCGGCGACCACGGUAGUGCAGCGUCCGCUGACUGAGCUGGCGGAGUGCUCUGGCCGCGGCACUUGCGACUACAGCACAGGGGCCUGCACGUGCUUUGCUGGCCACAUGGGUUUGGCGUGCGAAAGCCAAGAGGCGCUCGUGUAG